UUCAAGCGAUUUUAGCGCAAACGCUAAGCCGCAACUAUUUACGAAAUUAUUGUAAAUAAACAAACCAGUAUUUAAUUUAAGGACAAAACAUAUAUAUUUUGGAUUCUCAUCCAUCUAUGAAGAUAUGGGUUUUCAUUCUGAAAUAUCUAAAAGAAAACAGAGAAGGCAUGUGAUAUGUAUGGCAUCGGACUUCUUUUUUCCAAAUACGGGAGGAGUGGAGGAACAUAUCUACAAUUUAUCACAAUGUCUGAUAAAAAGAGGACACAAGGUGGUGGUCAUAACACACUCAUAUGGUGAUAGAGUUGGAAUACGGUAUUUAACAGCAGGACUCAAAGUUUAUUACUUGCCUAUAACUGUAUUUUACAGCCAAUGUGUCCUGCCAACUAUGAUUUGCAAUAUAUUUUUACUGAGAUACAUUUUAAUACGAGAGAGUAUUGAAAUAGUGCAUGGGCAUUCUGCUUUCAGUGUAUUGGGCCAUGAAGUUUCAAUAAUUGGAAAGCUACUAGGUCUGAAAACUGUUUUUACAGAUCAUAGCCUAUUUGGCUUUGCAGACACUUCAGCUGUUCUGACUAAUAAAUACCUUCAAAUGUGCCUGACUGAAUGUGACCACUGCAUCUGUGUCUCUCAUACAGGGAAGGAAAACACAGUGCUCCGAGCUAAAGUCAAAGCACACAAAGUGUCAGUAAUCCCAAAUGCCGUGGACACUUAUACAUUUACUCCAGAUCCAACUAAAAGGAAUCCAGAUGUUAUUACCAUUGUUAUUGUAUCUAGAUUGGUUUACAGAAAAGGAGUUGAUUUAAUGGCAGCUGUAAUCACAGAAAUGUGUCCCAGAUAUCCUAAUUUGCGAUUCAUUGUGGGUGGAGACGGACCAAAAAUGUGGCUUCUUCAAGAACUAAGAGAAAGGAAAGGAUACCAACACUGUGUCUCCUUACUAGGGAGCUUAAAACAUUCUGAAGUUAGAAAUGUUCUAGUUAAAGGAGACAUAUUUCUGAAUACAUCACUGACUGAAGCAUACUGCAUGGCUAUAGUGGAAGCAGCAUCUUGCGGUCUGAAAGUAGUAUCGACUAAAGUUGGUGGUAUUCCUGAAGUACUACCUGAUUCUAUGAUUUAUCUAACUGAGCCUACAGUUGAAAGUCUAGUCAAAGGUGUAGAAGAUGCUAUGAGAGAUAUAACUCAAGAUAAUAUUCUCUGUCCAUAUGAAUGUAACAAAAUGAUAAGAAAGAUGUACCAUUGGAUGGAUGUUACCAAAAGAACUGAAAUAAUUUAUGAUUCUAUUCAUUUAAAUAAGAAUAAACCCUUGGGAAUGCAGUUGAAAAACUAUUUAUCUUGUGGUGUUUGGCCUUUUUUACUGGUGAUAAGUUUAAUGUAUUUGUUAUUACAACUUGCAGAAAGAUUGUACAAAAGGAAAAAUAUUGAUAUAGCUAAAGAUUUAAAACUUAACUAGAGAAGAAAUUGACAAAAAUAUGUUGGAAUGAUUAUUUAUUUACUGUUAAUUCAUAUUUUAUAGUUUGUGUGUGAUCUCUAAUAACAAAAGAACUAUUACUUCCAAUAGUUAGCCACUGCACAAUACAUCAUAGAUACAAUGUAUAGCUUAGCAUAAUAUUAUAUUAUAACAUUUAAAUAAUGAUAGUUAUUGCAAAAUGUAGUAAUAUUUAUAGUUUUUUAAGAUAACUACGUUUUUGCAAUGGACUGACCAUUUAUACAAAUAAUAAAGUAUUGUUUUAUCUAAUAAUAAUAAUAUACUUAUU